UACAAACGUCAAAAACCAACCACUUUUACAGUUCCUUUUAAGUUUUUUAUUAUUUUUCAAAUUAUAUUUAAACAAUGAUCACUAUUAAUCAUGAUCAUAACGGAAAAUAAAGCCCUUCGGCUUUAAUCUCUGUACGGCGACUUCUCUUGACAUAUCACGUGGGAGGUCUUGAGGUUUUGUUUACUUUCUAGCCGGUUCGACCAUACAGGAUAAUUAAUUGAGAAAUAAUUAUAAAUUGGCCGAAGAAACUGACAAUAUAGAAAAUUUGGACUUGAAUAUAACACCAGGACUAUUGCUGAGGGCGCUAGCCUUCAAUAUCAGCAGCAAUGACAUCUAUUAGCGUUAUUAAACCUGUACCUCCAAAAGAUCUCAGAGCGGAGAUCAGCUAUUUUAUAAAAAAUGCCUCCAAGCCUCAAGAAUGCGAUAUGUUUGAGCUGACCCGAAAAGCUCUUGCACUGCUACAAGCACUACCGUCAUCACGAGAUGCCAUAUUCGAAUAUUUUGGCACAAUUUUCGACCAAUCCACUUUCAACCACAUGCUUGAAAUUGAGAAUAGAGGCAAGCAACCGUUGUCAUCGUCGUCGUUAUCAUCGCAGCAUCCUUUGGACAACUCUCUUCUUGACGAGGUUCACAAUGAAUUGCACAGUUUUAUCUCAAGCCAACCCUUGGGAUGGGCAGUUAUCGUAUCAAACUGGUGUUUUGAACUUUUAGGAAAACUGUCAGCCCAGUAUUCAUCUAGGGGUCGCUCUCCUGUAAAUGGCUCAUUGAACGACAGCUUACACCAGUGGCUUACUUGUAAAGCCACAAGAACUCUUAUCGACCUCAAUAUUAACUGUUUGAAACAUUUGAUCGGGAGUGAAGAGAGCGAUGGUUGCAUAGAUGUCCUUUUAGACACGUGCGUUAAACACAGUCCACAUUUCGACUGGGCAGUUGCAUUUAUAGGAACACGCUUUCCAGAAGCGGUCAUUUCCAGGGUUUUAAGAUGCGGAUUACAGGAUUACAUAACUAAAAAACUAAAUACAAAUCUACCAAAGUUCCAGUCGAUCAUUGGUAUUUUAAUGCAUUUAAGCGGUAGCUAUCAGGAUGUUAUCGAGCAAUCUAUGCUCACUUUAUUCAAGGACAGUUUGAAUGUACCAAAAGUCAUCGAGGAGAGGGACUUGGUGAUUGACAAGUUAAGCACAGUACCGUAUCUUUUACAGCUGUCCUCUUUAACUUCUGUACUACUUUCUGCUUUAGUCCAAGUUGUCAUUGAAGCCUUUAAGACACCAAUUUAUGGAAAGAUGGAACGAUUUGGUGAAGAAUGGUCCCAGUGUGCCGGAUCAAGGCAAUCUUUGUUCGACCUAUUGAUACAUCUCAUACUUUCAGUGACAGAAAGGGCUGAUCAAAUAUUUUUCUUGAUUCUUGAUGCGACGACUGAUUCCAAUCCAACAAUCGCUUCCGUAGCUGAAGAAGUCCUCGAGCUUCUAAUUAAAGAAAUUGAAAUCGCCAUAAAAGGGAAUGCAUCGAAAGUGCCAUUUUUAGAGUCAAUACAGAAAAAUAUCGAGGACAUCUUUCCGUUGCUUCUCAGCGAGAAUAAAUCUCACAUAAAUGCUGUAUCUUCUAUGAUCUCGUUCAUUGGCCAACAGCAGCCAUCCAUCUUACCACAGUGUGUCGCUUAUGUACUGUUGAGAUCAAAAGACGAUGAACAUCUAGCCUCUGUUGUUAAAUUGUCCCUCGGCUAUAAAAGCUCCAACGUUCUUAGCCCAGCUAUUACUUACGCGCUGAAAGAAAGAGAAGUCGAAGAUAAAUCAAGAAUUUGGGACAAUAUAACAAAAUUAGUCAAAUGGGAGGCAAGCGGUACAUUAAUUUCUCUACCUAUACUCGAGGCGGUUUAUGACAAUCUCCUAAUUAUCUCAAAUUUAUUGUGCGAUGAGAAUGACAUUUCAAUAGCACAUACAAUCACUGAACUAAUAAGGAAGCCGAUAUCCGAGUAUCGGAAACAACCACAUUUUGUUUUGAGCAAGUCGGUGAUUCAAGCUACUAUCACUUAUUUUUACAAGUGCUUAGUGUACUCAGAAGGGAUUGAAGAGAUGAAGGGAUUGCGGGCUGUGAAUUUGAUAUUAAAAAAGAUCUGCCAGGAGUCAGGAAGCCGAAGGAUAUUCGCCCUAAGGGAAAUUUUAGAAGGAGCCUUAUUCCGCAAACCUUCAGUUUUAUUCGGUGCCAUGCCCCAUUUCUCUCCUCCUCUUAUUGAGUCCACAAUCAGUCUAAUGGAAGAAAAUAUGAAACAGGGUCAUACUGCUUUAAUGGGCCAGAGGCAUUCAUCAAUUUUUCACGCUGGAAUUAUCGGCAACGGAAAGAGAAAAGCCAGCCCAAGCUGCCCAACAUCGUACGAAGAUAUCAUACACAACACAAAUCUUUUGCUUUCAGUUUUAAAAGCUUGUUGUACAGGCGAAUCAAACGAGGAAUCACGGGAUGCUGUGGUUUCAGUCGCUCUCCUACUCGUUGAGCUUAUUUCACCUGAUGUCAUGUAUAAUGGUUUACCCUGGCCAGAAGAAGACUUCUGUAAGGUUACUGUGGAAAGGGAUUUGUCCAUUAGGAGAAUUUUAGAUAACGUCCCUGUUGUGUGGUCCCUUUUGGCUUUUAUUGCUCACCAUAGACCAGCAUUGUGUUACUGUUCUGUUAUUCUGCGCGCAGUUAUUGCAACACUGUUAGGGCAGUGGUUUGCGGAGAGUCAGCAAGGGCACGGACCAGGACAUAACAAAGCCUUGGUGUACACAACAGUCAAAAUACUUCAGAUAAUGGCUUUGGGACAACUGCUACCUCCUCCUUUGACUGCUCUUGGAGAUGUAAUCCCUUACGUCCUUCCAAUACAUGUUGUUCAAAUUUUAAGGGAUUGUGUCUGGAACUACAUGAGGGACAAUGUACCAUCUCCGGCUCUCUUCACACGCGAUGCAAACGGCAAUAUGUGGAGGGACACAUCGACUUCCAGACCACCGAAGCAAUAUACGGAAACGUUGAGAUUGAUCAUGCUAAGCAAUCUGCCAUCUCUUGGCUCUCUUUUUCAUACUCUGUUCGUUGAGGAAUCCAGUUAGAAAUCAGCAUUCCUUGCAAUAUUUUAUUUAAAUAUCUCUCAUUUUUAAAUUAUUUUAAUAAUGUAUUCAUUUUGUAAAUAAUAUUUUAUAAAUAAAGAUUUAUUUUGUAGUU